AUGGCCCAUGGAUGGCAGAACUCGACGAAACAAAGUCGGGUGUGCCAUCGAUGCAGGGCGAGAUCGGCCAAAGGUGCUGCCAACACGCCCAACGCCAAGCUGACGCCCACUGCGAAGCCGAAGGUGAAGCCUUCACCUCGAGCUGCGCGGACAGCAAGCCCUGCGGUCUGCGCGGGCCCUGCUGCAUGCCCUGCUGCAAGCCCUGCAGGCUUGCGCAGCUCUCCCCAGCGCACUCCGCGGCAGUCCUUGCAGCUGCAAGAGAUGGCCUCGACAUGCGAAGACGCUGUCAGGCGCAUCGAUGAGCUUAGUGCUGCUACACAGCAUUUGCUGAGAGAGCUCGGCAUCGUAGGCAUAGGAGGGACGAGUCCACGCAUGAAUCUAACCAAGCCACCGCGGUCGAACCCCUUUUUUGGCACGCGACCUCCGGCAACGAACGCCGUCGUUGCCGCUCCAUGUGGAGCAGCCCAAGCAGAAGUCCCACAACUGCCCAGAUAUUCGCGGCCGGAACUUGCGCCAGCAAUGCAACCACCAGGUGCUGAGCCUGUCACGCAGAACGCCAGCAUGUCGUUCAUACCGACCUCUGCCCUUCAGUCUUUGGAACAAACUAUUGCUUUGCAUAGACCUGUUCCUCUGAGCGCUAGCCGGGUAGUGCUUGCAUGCGGGCGUUGCAUUGAUCUGAAAGAACUGUACCCCGAGUUUGCGCGCAACAUUGCUGCAAAUGCUAGCCAAAGACAGCGGAUCUCGGAAGAUCUUCUGAGCCGCCAGCUCAGCCAAAAGAUCCUUGGCAUCUACAGUAGAUUUGAUCCGACGGCAUCAACCCUGACAUGGUCUCGCGGUCGACUACGGGACUUUGUGAAGGCAUGCUUCACAGACCUAGCGUUGAUGCUGCCCACAGACUCGCAGAUCUACAAGAUGUACACGCACUUCGACCCAGAGUUAAACAUGUCUCUCACGGCGCUCGAAAGCAUCUGUCUAGUUGAGGCCUUGAUACGAGCAUCCGUGGGCAUUGACAUGGAGACCAUCGAGCCCAUCGAGCCUAUCGAGCCUAUUGGAGGGCCUAUUGGGCAUUCCGAGCGGGACAACACAUCCCUUGAGUUCGAGCCAGGCUUCGACCAUCCGACAUUCUUGGCCGAGCAGUGGGUUUCCCAGUAUGUGCCUUUGCCCGUCGAUGGGACCGUCAGCAUUGCCUACUCGACGGGAGUGGCCAUCCAUUUUGAAGACUUCUCGAGGAUGCUUCAGAGCUUGGCUGCGCUGAAUGCCUCGCAGCGAAGCAACAUACUCUACAAGAUUGCAAGUUGCGACCUGCUCAAGCACGCCUUGGAGAUCUUCAGGCGCCAUGAUGACGACGGUUUUCUGACGUCACGACAGCUCGAAGGAUUUGUCACAGAGGUCUUUGUUUCAGAGGGGUUGGUGCCACCAACUGCAGAGCAUGUCGCAGCUUUCUACGACAAGUUCGCCGGACCGCAGCAGAGACUGAAUGCCAGUGAGUGCCUAUGUUUGGUAGAUGCGCUCUUCCGUGCUCUACUGCAUGCCGGCACUCCUCCUAGCCAAAGACUUGCUGCUUCGGAGGCUUUCAUCGAGGAGCGCGCUGAAGGGAAGCCCGAAGGCUGGGAGGUCCAGGCCGCCCAAGAAGCUCCUCAAGCGCAGAAUCCCCGACACCAUCCUCACGAGGAGUUUACGGAGCCUCGAUCCAUUUCCUCGGCCAGGGCAUGGGUCGCUUCUGUGGCUCGUGGUCUGCCACCCCUGGAACCCCUGAAAGACUCCGCUUUGAGCUCUGCACAACGGUUUGCUCAGCUGGCUUUGGAAGUAUUUCUAGAACAGCCGACAGCCAUGCAGGGCCGACUCUUCUACCAGGGACACAGGCAGCAGGAGAUGAGGAACUUCCUCAGCAGCCUCUUUGACAGAGCUGGGCUGCCGCCUUCCGCCUCGACCAUGGUCUCGACUGUCGCCGAGCAGAUCGACCUGCAGAAAUCGGGAUCCUUGGACGUGACGCAGUGCUUGCUCCUUUCAGAUGGGCUGGUGCGCCUGGCGGAGGGCGCUGGUGCCUCCCGCCGUGAACGGAAACCCCAUGAAAUUCGCCAUGAGCCGUUCCCUGGCAAAGGUGAGCCUGACACUGGACGUGACGUGGCAUGGGCUGACCCAGGGACCUUGCAGCAGGUUGCUUCCCAAGCGUUUGCUGCAUGCGAUCAGCUCGGACAUGGCUAUUUGACAUGGUCCGAGGUGAGAUGCUUCAUUGCCAUGAUCUUCCACGGCUUGGGGUUGACAAAUCCGCUCACUGAGAGCGACGUGUACAAGCUGUAUGCCCGCUUUGACGAGGACCACACGGCAAGACUGGGGAUGGAUCAAUGCCUUCGCUUAGCUCGAGCUGCCGUGCCCCAAAGUGGGCCCCCCCUCCUUUAA